AACACACUCACCUAAAUGUUUCCCUUGAAGAAAAAUAUUCUAAAUGAUGUUUAUUUGCAUGUAAAUAAAAUCUAAAUUAUACUGCAACAGUAAUUGUGUUUGAAAACAUUUGUCUAGUGUUGACACACAAGUAGGUUUAAGGUGUUAAUCAACUGAAUUAAUACCCUCAUCAGCAUUAUGUUUGAAACAUCUCAGUGAUUAUGCAGCAGGUUGAGUAGAUUAAGUGGCUCUUGAUCCAGACAAUUGACUGGGACCUUUUUGCUCCCCAAGGCAGCAACUGAAUUAUAUAAAUAUUGAGCUAAUUACGGUUUGAUUGGCAUUUAAAUGGUAUUUAUUCUGUAAAUUAUUCAUUUCAAAGUCCUAUCUGUUGAUUUGAUUCCUGUGGAAAAAUCCCUUCUCUGGACUCUGAGUUGUCCUUCAGUUAAUUCCAUUGAGAGAAUGAAAUGCUGAUUGUAGUUUUCUGGCGCAUCUGCUCAGGGUCUUGCUUCUGCCGAUUAUGUCAUCAUGCUAUGGUAAUACCACUCAGCCAAAAUAUACUGUAUCUCUUUUUCAAUUCUGUUCUUUCACAUAGGUUUUUUGAAAUAGUUCAGCAAUUUUGUUAUUAGAUUCAUGUUUCUUACUGGCUUAAUGUUUUCAAAUGUGGUAAUGUCAUAAAGUCAUACAUUCAGCCAGUCAUCUAGUGUGACAUCAUCGACAGGUGCAGGACCCCAAGCCAAGAAACAUGGCGUCCCCUAAAGACACUAGACCCCCGCCCUAUGCACUUUAGACCUUAUUUUUAUGGUUAUAAGGUACAAAGCCGCCAACAUUUUUCAACAACUGGACACUGGACAUCAUUUUGCUCAUUUUCAACAACAUUUUGAUGGAUAUCUCCAUAAAUGAAAGGUAAAAACUACACAUUGUCACUUUAAUUGCUAAAGUGUCUCCUCAGCAUUCAUUAGUGUCUACAGGAGUGGUUCAUUACUAAAUCAAACAAAUCAGCUGUGUUCAUCAUCUAAAACAGGGGUCACCAACACCGGUCCUUGAGGGCUACCAUCCUGCACACGUUAGCUGUUUCUUUGUUCCUACACUGAUUGAAAUUAAUAAGUAAUUAACAGGCCUGUGCAGAGUUAAGGAGAGGAUCAAUUCUCUGGAGGCAGGCUUUGCACAUUUGAAACGUUAAAGAAGUGGUAAUGACCCCCUCAGAGUCUUACGCCACCAACAUUUCAUUUUUGAAAAAUGCGGCACAAAGAGGCGUUUCCUGUAAGACCGAGAAGGCGGAGCUACAACCGUGAUUGACAUACACAAAUUUGAAGCCAGAUGGCGACGGAGAGCGACACUAGCUCAGAGCAGUCAUUCGAGGUGGAGGACUUUUCUCCACCUUCUUCCCCAGAGGAUAGGGAGGAGGGCUUUUGGGGGGAAGCAAGCGGUCCUGAACCGUAUCUUUUUGAGCCACUAGCUCGUGAGUUGUCCGAGUCCCCUGGAGCCGAGCCAGCAGGAGUAUCAAGGCAUCGAAUGGGUCCAGUCUCUGAGUGGUGCACCUGUGGCCACUGUACAUCAUUGUCUGCCAGAGAAAAUGUGUGCUGCAGAGAAACGCCCAAGGUAAUGCUCAGGUGUCAGCAGGUGGGUGUAACCUCCUGCAUAACUGAGCAUCCUGGUUUUGAGCCUGUUGCUCUGAAUCCCUACGUGUUGCAGGCAGUUUAUGGCACCUUUCUGCAACUCUAUGGGGAGAUGCAGGAGACUAUGCUCAACAGGUGUUACAGACAUCUGGCGUACCGGAAUGUGGUCAGGUGGUGUUGGGGUUACCUGGGACAGCACAUUCGUGUUGUCAUCCCGUCAUGUGCUGUCUCCAGAAUAAGGCAGGAGUUCCCAGAAGACGGUGCAUACAAAGGAUUCCUCCCUCCUCUGAACUUGAAUUAAAAAUUUUUUUUUAUUAAAUA